CCUGUCAGAUUAGCCCGAUGGCGUCAGAAAACGCGGUUUCUUGCUGGCGUUCUUGAUUUGUUGAUGCCGAUAAGAUCAACCCGGGCCGAACAAUUCGCGAGCCUCACAUUCCACAUCAUCAACGAUCGCUUCAAUAAUAUAAUAACCGACAGAAAUCCUCGCGAAAAACUACACCAAGCGCUGCUGACAUGCUGAAAACAAGCUCCACAUCGAACGAUAACGGCAGCAGCAUCACCAAGGUCAGCGAAUGUAAUGUUGUCGAUGAAUCACCGUCGUCUCAACGUCAACGCGAAGGUCAGCAACCACCACAAACCGAACAAAGCACGGCCGACGGCGGCGAAAUAUGUUACGAUCUGGCCCACUUUCGUACCGUGCGCGUGCUGAACAAUAACAGUACGCACAAGUGUGUCGCCCUGCUGGGGCGUUUUAGCAACCUCUCGCCCGACCAGCAGGCCAUCGUCGUGCUCGAGAAGCGAGCGUUUACCGAGGCUGAGAUUACCACCACGCCAGCGGAGCGUGAAAAAAGUGCUCAGCACGGUGAAAGUGAAACCGAGAAAAGCGAACAGCAACCGUCUAGCGAGCAGGGGCGAACGUUUUUCACGACGUCAUCACGUUUGCACAAGGAGUUCGUGAAUGACGUAUAUGGCAAUUUCCUCUGCACCGUAGAUCCGGAGCUGAAUCGUUUAAAAGUGUCCAUUAUCUAUCCUGCCUCGGAGAAACAUAUCGUUAAGCAUACGGCUCAGCAUCGGUAUAUGAUCGAGGAGACGAUCGACCAGUACAAUAAAAUUACAUUGCCCCAUCUGGAAGAGGAGCAGUUAAGUUUGGAGUGGCUUUACAACGUGCUUGAACAUCGCAAAGAGAAGGAGCGCAUCCUGUACGAGGAUCCCUGCGACGAGAACGGUUUCAUUCUGCUGCCGGACCUGAAAUGGGACGGCAAAACGGUUGAACAGCUCUACCUUCUUGCACUGGUCCGUCGUCGUGGCAUUCGCUCACUGCGCGAUCUAACCGCAGCCGAUCUGCCCCUGCUGCGCAACGUGCAGACGCGCGGAAUUGCUGCGAUCGAGAAGCGGUACGGUAUCGGGGCGUCACAGCUGCGCAUUUACCUUCACUACCAGCCCACAUUCUACCAUCUGCAUAUGCACUUUACCUAUCUGCGAUACGAUCCACCGGGCGCGGGCUGCGAAAAGGCACACCUUUUAUCGACGGUCAUCAACAAUCUGGAGCUGGCGGGGGACUAUUAUCAGCGCGCUACCCUUUCCUAUACGCUAAAGGAGACUGACAAGCUGUACGGCAAAUUUCUGCUUGCGCAGGAAGCAGCGGACGAACCGGUAGCAAAGCGCAGCAAAACAACGGUUCUGGACGAAUCGCAGUAAUAAUAGACUCGUACUUCAAGUAAUUCCUUAACGAUCGUUCCAACAUCUUGAACGGAUCUGUAUACAAUAUAGUGAGCACAGCCCUGCAAAAUGAUCCCAUCCACGGGUAAGAUCGACCGACUGCUGGUGGAACUGCGGCCCCGGCUACAGUGUGCCAACUUCUUCAUCUCCUUCCCGCGCAAGUUUGUCGACAUUGAGUCGACCACCAUCGAGCUGGCCACCGAUCGGAUCACGAUCGUGAUGAAGGGCGAGCGCGAACGGUACGAAAUCCGUACCGGCGACUACUUCCAGCUGCACACGCAAACGCUCAGCUCGCUCGUAAUUAAAAAUCGAUACAUUUGCUUCCGCGUAAACACCAACGAGAGUGUGUUCGGGUCCGAGCGAUUAUCCACCGGUCAGGAAAUGCCGGGAAGCGACCAGCACGAAGAAAACUUCCGAUUAGCUUGCAAUGUGCAGCCAGGCCAAAGGUACCGAGUGCUUUGCAGUAAUUGUGCCGGACCGCUUCAACAGUCGGCCGACCUGGCCGGUGAUCCUGACACUUUGUUCCAGCGCGUACUGGAGUUACCGUCGGAGCAGCUCGAUACGGACGAUUGGUUCUGUCAUCGGCAUGAUCAUCAGCCGUCCGAGGGCGCACCGGAACCUUGCCACGGGCGACAACAGGGAGAACCAUCUUCCCAGCUUUCGACAAAGUUUGAACCCCAACCGGGCGAUCUGUUCUACGGCACAUUCUACGCCCUGCUGCACCGGAACGUUUUGCAGCGCGUCCACGUGCGCAACGAUCGCUUCGUGUACUGCAAGCGCUGCCUGCAGUAUCUUGGAUCGACGCGAAAAAACCGCACCUCGGUUAAGCUUUGGUAUGAAAAUGUACGCUUUCAGCCGUCAGAACGAUCGGCGAUACCGCUAUCCCUGUUCCGCACUGACGAUGCGCUGGAACUGUUUCACCAUCUCGUGCGCAAGACGGUACGGGAGUUUAACUUCGUCACCCAUCUCGGUCUUCCGCCAUCGAUAAAGCUUCUGUUUGAGCUGCGCCGUCCUGGGAUGCAAGGUGACGUGUUCUAUCUGCUGAUGCAAAUCAUGGACUGUCAGCUAAGCGUGUUCCGGGCGAAGCAAAAACGUACCGGAUCCGGUUCGUCCGAAUCCUGCUCGGAUGAUGUGGACGAUUGUAGAGCUGAUGGGAAGGAGGACGUAGCGGAAAAUGUGGCGCUUGAACGGGUCGAUCUGAAGAAAAUCGAACAUCAGGAUGAAGCCAACCACGACGACGAUGAAGGUGAUGAUGA